CGGAAGUGGCGGCUGACCCGGAAGUGGCGGCGGCGCAGGGCGAUGGCGGAGAAGUUCGACUCGCUGGAGGAGCAGCUGGAGAAGUUCGUGGAGAACAUUCGGCAGCUCGGCAUCAUCGUCAGUGACUUCCAGCCCAGCAGCCAGGCCGGCCUCAACCAGAAACUGAAUUUUAUGGUUACAGGCUUGCAAGAUAUUGACAAGUGCCGACAGCAACUUCACGAUAUAAGCGUACCUUUAGAGGUUUUUGAAUACAUAGAUCAAGGCCGUAAUCCCCAGCUUUACACUAAAGAGUGUUUGGAAAGGGCUUUGGCUAAAAAUGAACAAGUAAAAGGCAAAAUUGACACUAUGAAGAAAUUUAAAAGCCUAUUGAUUCAAGAGCUGACUAAAGUCUUCCCAGAGGACAUGGCCAAGUACAAAGCUAUUCGAGGAGAAGAACCUCCUCCUUAAGACUGCCUUUGAUUCACCAUGUGGGUCGGGAAACAGCCCAGAGACCUUCCCCUCUGGUAGAAGCCACAGUCCAGAUCAAUUCCUCCUGUGUCUGAUCAGGAGUUGGGAGGUUUGGGGGGAACCCAGGCCCGCCCUCUACUCCGGGUUCCAGCCCAGGGCCCUGUGGACUGCAGCUGUCUAGAGUGCCUUUUGGUACAGCUGCACAACAGCUACUUCCCUAUGGCCUCCUCCCAAUACCUUCUUUAUACUCACCACAGGACACUUCUCCUGGUGUUUGAUGCUUGUACUCCUCAGUCUUCCAGCGAUAUGUCUUCACUCUCAGCUCCUAGUGCCUCUUGGUCCCAACUCCUUACAUGCACACCACAAACUCAAGUGAGGUCCUUUUUAAACUCAGGUGCCCUGAUUAGCUAGCCUGUCUUAAUUGAUUCUAGCAGUUUCCUGAUUACUCUAGUGCAGCCCCUGCUCUGGUCACUCAGGGAACAGAAAAUUACUCAUCCAGUGACCAGUAUAUUUGCCCUCUACCAGACUCCUGUAUCCCACCGGUCUGGGUCUGUCACUCUAACUAUAGAAUGAUCAAGUGCCAGACUGUGGAUAAAUACACUUCUUUUGGAAGCUAGUUAUACUUGAUCAUUAAAAUAGGCUGUAGCCUAUCUCAUGCGGGGGGAGUAAGAAUUGACUGCUAUUAUCUGACAGUUUAUAAAAGCAUAACUGGACAAGACUCUUUGCUAAAUUUCUGCUGAAAUGGAAAUCCAUUGCCAGGUGCUGUACUUCCAUGUAACUUUGUCAACCACAACCAAAAAGUCCCCUUCAGACCUGUGAAUGGAAGGACAGGUGGCUGAUGAUGGAAAAAUUGAAUUUUCAAGGAUGGCCUCCCAUCAGUGCUUUAUAUUUUGUACAGCAUUUGAUGCAGAAACCUUUUAUUAAGUGUAUUGCAUUUUCUUUGGGCAAAAUAUAUAAUAAACAUUUUGAAGUGAAUUUUGUAGCUAGUUCUUCUAGUAUGUUUCUGUUCAUUCCAUCCCAAUAUAUUUUUCAAGAAAAUAGAGAAAGCUUGAACAAAUUAGCACAAGGCUCAGAAUAAUAGAAAUCAUGUUAGCAUAUCUAAAUCUUUUGAGAAGUCGUAGAUUAGACUGAAUUACACCUGAAAAUAACUUAUUACUUGGGAUUAUCUUUGUUUUUAACCAAAAAUUUUAAAAAUCUCUCAUGGUGGUAGGUAACUUUCUUGAUUAGUGGUAUGCAUUUAAGUGGUCCCAACUAGGUUUUGAAACUAGUUUCAUUUGAGAUUAAUAGGUCAUGUAGUUAAAUGUUCACCGCUAUUGUUUAUUGUAGGUGCUCCUUCUUGCAGGAAAGAUUAGUUUAACAGGAUCACCAUGCAGUGCUGUACUGUACAUAGUGAAAGGCUAGCUUCACAGUGGAAAAGGCUGAAAACGUCCCUACUUUUACUGUGUUAGGGAGGCAUUCAAAUAGUAGCAGAUAUGCCUUUUGUUAUAAUACUUAACAUUUCACUGAUGUUGGUCUGUAUAUUGAGAUUUAAUUUGUUUAUUUAAAAUCUUGCUGAAUUAUUUGAUCGUACUUGUUACCGUAAAGCAGCUCACUUACCAACAGCAUAAAUAGAGAAUACGAAUGUUAUGUUUGCAUUUGGUUCAAGUCACUUAUAUAACUCAUGAAUGCCACACUUGCACAUGCAUGUAUUCUGUAUAUGCUAUGAGCUUUACAGCAACUGUUCUAGCUCCUGUUUAUAUUUAAUAAAACUAGAAACAGCAAUGUUGACAGUACAAGUUUUCUUAAUUAACAAAAGAGAUGGUAAGAAUAUAGUGAGUUAAGAGUCUGUAUACUUACUGCAAUCUGGAAUUUAUACUGCCUUAAGUUACAUUCAUUUAUUUUUAGCCAGAUCAUCUUUCUUGGUUUAUCCUUCCUCAAAUAGUUCUAUUAUCAAUCUGAAACAAAUAAGUUCCCUUUCAGAAUUCUUUUCUAAUCAACCAUGAUAAGUAUUUGCUUUCUCACUAUAGUUAGCGACUGUCUUAUGUUUAAAAUUUAUUACUAUAAAUAUCUGCUUUGUUUAAUUUCAGUCAACUUACACAUUUACAUAAAACUAAUAAUUUAGGGAGUGUCGCCAUUUUGAAAUUACACCUGAAUCCAGUUUUUAAAUCAGAACUGAAAUCUUUCAGUUUGAACUGUGUUAUCAAAGAUGCAAUGGAUCCAACUCUGUGUCAUUACCUCUUGAAUUUUGAAUCUAUUUUGGUUUAUAAAACUCUGUGGUAAAGAAUAUAAACAUAAAAUAAUAUAGAAUAUAAACACAAUCUUCCACUUACCUCCAAGGAACACUGUUGUUGAUCAUGGAGACAAGCAGUAUGUUCUCCCAGUCCCCUGGAAAGACUUGUUUAAUUGUUUUCCUUAUUCUUGCCUCACAUGCAUUAAAAAUGCCCUGUAAGAGAAAAAUGUGAUUUAUGGUAUAUCUCUAGCUAACCAAUGAUCUGACCAUUUUGUCACUUACUCAUGAUGUUCCCUAUUGGGAUCAAAAUCUAGUUUUGUAUAUACAAAUCAUAGAAGACUAGGGUUGGAAGAGGCCUCAGGAGGUCAUCUAGUUCAACCCCCUGCUCAAAGCAGGACCAACCUAAAUCAACCCAGCCAGGGCUUUGUCAAGCUGGGCCUUAACCUCAAUGGAUGGAGAUUCCACCACCUCUGUAGGUAACCCAUUCCAGUGCUUCACCGCCCUCCUAAUGAAAUAGUUUUUCCUAAUAUCCAGCCUAGACCUCCCCCACUGCAACUUGAGACUGUUGCUCCUUGUUCUGUCAUCUGCCACCACUGAGAACAGCCUAACUCCAUCCUCUUUGGAACGCCCCUUCAGGUAGUUGAAGGCUGCUAUCAGAUCCCCCCCUCACUCUUCUGCAGACUAAAUAAGCCCAGUUCCCUCAGCCUCUCCUCGUAAGUCAUGUUCCCCAGCCCCCUAAUCAUUUUUGUUGCCCUCCACUGGACUCCCUCCAAUUUGUCCACAUCCCUUCCGUGGGGGGGGGGCAAAAUUGAACACAAUACUCCAGCUGUGGCCUCACCAGCCCUGAAUAGAGGGGAAUAAUCAGGGGUCUGUAACAUCUCUUAAGUGUUUGUUUACCUAGUUACUGGAGAGGUCUGCGUUUUCUAGUACCAUCCUCGCUGGUCAGAAAUGUGCUUACUUGGUUAGCUAAUACCUGGUGUGUUGCUAUUCUGCCAAGGCCAAGCCUACUUUGGUUCAUACCUCCAAGGCUUACAAGAGUAAAUCUGAAAAAUGAUUUAAAAGUAAAUAAAUAAAGAACAUCCUGAAUUCUAGACAUUGACUUGUCUUUCAGCCUUGGCAGAAGGGGUGGGUUGUUUGGCAGCAUUCAUACUAUGAAUUCUACCAAGAAACCUGUUUUGCCUAAGGCAGAAUAAAUUGGAAAAAUAAAACAAGCUUUUUAAUCAAAAUAUAAAAUAUUGCUGUUUGAGGGAGACAGGCUAGCCUACAUUUUUAGACACCUUUAAUAUUAAAAUCUUGUACAACUUUUAUACUUUCAAACAUUUAAUGAUAUUGGCCUGUGAAAGGUGUGAUUUAUUUGGUCCACUCCUUCCUUCAAGAUCAAUUAAAUAGUGGAAGUUCUCCAUGCAUUGGGCAGGCUGUUUCUUUGUAUACCAUCAGUAAUUGCUUCCAAAAUAAACAAGGAUACAGAUUUUAAAAGAAAUCAUCAUUACACCUGUCAGGGUGUGGUGCUUUAUUUUUCAAGUCAUUGUUUGGUAAUUCUUUCUGAAAAUUUUAUGUUCUGUUUGUGCUGAGUUAACUUUUUGAAUGCUUUUGUGCUUAUUCAGAUAAGAGUAAUAGUUUAUUCUUUUCUGAUUCUGCCUGCCCUGUUCCAUGUAAAAUUCAGUUGAAUGCAAUAAUGCUUCAGCAACUUUUGUCUUUGUGCAUUUCAAAUGAAAAUUUGAAAUUCCCACCCAAAACAACCUACAUUAACACAGGAACAGGCAUCUAUACAUGAUAAGUAGUCUAAGGCUACAUCUACACUACAGUGGGGGGGUCGAUUUAAGAUAUGCAAAUUUAGCUAUGCGAAUAGCGUAGCUGAAUUCGACAUAUCACAGCCGACUUACCCCGCUGUACGGUUGGUGGCAAAAUCGACCUCUGCAGCUUCCCGUCAACGGCGCUUACUCCCACCUCCGCUACUGGAGUAAGAGCGUCGAUUCGGGGAUCGAUUGUCACGUCCCAAUGGGACGCGAUAAAUUGAUCCCCGAGAGGUCGAUUUCUACCCGCCGAUUCAGGCAGGUAGUGUAGACCCAGCCUAAGUCUUCUGUCUUUGUUUCCAUGUUCAAAGUACUCUUGCUUAGCAUACAAUUUAUUGAUUAAUUUAUUGAAGUUUUAUUGAUUAGCAUGAUGAGCAACUAACUUCAAAAACAAAACUCUUAAUUUGAAAAAUAGGCCUGCCUAAACUUUUGCAUGUAAGGAAAUGAACAAUUAAGCUGCCCACACAAAUGAGUUAAAGUACAGAAAUGCAUAUAUCAUCACAACUUAGUGUAAUCAAAAUUUCAGAACAAUUCCCUUAUCCAGGAGGUGUAACUUGAAUUUGAAAGCAAGGAGGUUUUUUGUGUGAAGUUACAAGCUGGGAGGUCAAUAUGGCCUGAGCUACAGAGAAGCGAGUUUUAUUUUGUUGGUGUUUUAUGUAAUCGCCUCCAACCAGGGUAGAUGGCUGGAUUGGUUUAAUCACCAAUUAAAAUCAGCAAGUAGAAAAUCUUGAUAUAAAUGAAUUGUAAUCAUGUUUUCCAUUUGUAUUUUGUAGUUAUUUUCCUAAGCGUUUUUCAUUGAUUUAAUUUAAAACUAAAUGCAGUUUUUACACUAGAUUUGACACCACUUUUGUUAACCAGGAGGAUACAUUUAACACACAUUUGUUCAGAUUCUUGAUUUCUGCAUUUUUAUUGAAUUUACUAGACAAUUAACUUUUUACUUGUGAUUUGUAUCAAGCUUCAUUUGGAUGGAAACUGGAAUUCAAUUAAAUUGUACAGACAGCAUUUUAAGUGUUUAUUAACUAACAAAUGUACUGGAUACAUACAACCGAUGAAACAAAGUGUUUCUGUACAUCAGAGCUGAAAGUACUGACAUUUUGAAACAGAAUAUUAGCAUUAACUCCAUUGUAAAGAGUGAAAAUGAUGUAUGUAUUUUGUGCACUACAUGACAAAAUGUACCAUAUUUAUAAACCUUGACUUUAAGUUA